CAUUUUCAUCUUCCUCAAAUAUAACCGACAAUCUUCUCUUUUCUCUCUCUCUAUCACACACAACACCUACUCACAAUUCUGCUGCUAUUUAUUUAUUAGAACUUGCGUCCGAAGUUGAAGCAUAAAAUUUACGAACCCUUGUUGCACCCUAAAGCUUCUCAAAUUCUUGUUGCAUCAGAAAGGAAGUCAAAAACCCUUAAAACAUUUUUCUUCUCCAUUCUACAGAGGGAAAGGAGAUUUAGGGUUUAUAUUUGCAAACAAAAAUGGAUUGGAAUGGUAAUCCAAGAGUGCCUUCCGUUUGUCGACCAGAUGGUUCUUCUUUCAGCCUCCUCUGCAACUAUAAUUAUGAUCAUUUUCCAGGUCUAGAGAUGAGACAGUUGAUGCAGACGCAACAUGCAUAUCUCCCGACAAUGGACAAGAACAACAAUAUUAAUAAUUAUGGAAACCAGGACAAGAAGAAGAGAUUAACCAAUGACCAGUUGGAGUCAUUGGAAAACAGUUUCCAAGAGGAGAUUAAGUUGGACCCUGAUAGGAAGAUGAAGCUGGCCAAGGAUCUUGGGCUGCAGCCGCGCCAAAUUGCUGUUUGGUUCCAGAACAGGAGAGCUAGGUGGAAGGCGAAGCAGCUCGAGAGAUUGUACGAUUCGCUUAAGCAGGAGUACAAUGCUGUGUCCAGAGAGAAACAACAACUCCAGGAAGAGGUUUUGGCAUUGAGGGCAAUACUUAAGGAGCAAUUGACAAAAAACCAAGCCUCCACCGGUUACACAGAAGUUUCCGGCGAUGAGACAGUCGAAAGCACGUCGAUUCCAAGCUCCGACAAGCCUCGAGGAGGGACGAGUAUUCAUCACCAGAUAACAGAAUGCAACUAUGUCCUGAACAUGGAAGACUAUAAUCCUAUGAUGCCUCCAUAUUGGGCUGCUCCACCUUCUUGUCCCUGAACUUUCUCUAUCCUUUUUAUACUUAGUUUAAUAAUUCUACUUUCAGGUUCUAAGCUCUAACUAUUUUACUUCUUAGAAAAUUGGAAUCAAUUACUCAGUGACAGAUUGAGUUACAACUUUUAAUGUUGAGGUCGCCCAACCUCAACUUAUUUAUUUAGGCUAAUAGAGUAAAGACUUCUAGUGACCAACAAUGCUUUAUCCAGAGUCUGUUAUUUUUAAUGCUGUUUAACUUCUUCAUGUGAUAACAGUUUAAAAUCAAAGGCAAAUGUUAAAGAAAAAUAAUGUUAUGAUGUAUAGCUUUCGUUAUUGAAUAGUAGUACUAUUUAGCAAUAGCCGUGUUUGAUUCUAAUUUAUGUAAUUGAAACAACUACUAUCUCAUUGUUCAAUGAAGUUGAGAUGCAUUUUUAUUCAAGAAUGAAAUACUACCACCAAUCCCUUUGGACUUGGGGCUCGGGCCUUCGGUAACUAGAUCAUCGAUGGCUAAAAGGGUUCAGAAGUGUAAGAAAAUAAAGUUGUGAUGUGUAGCUUUUGUUAUUGAAUAGUAGUACCAUAUAGCACUAGACAAGUUGGUACUAGUUUAUGUGAUUGUAAGUUUGUAACUACUACUGUCACAUUGUUCAAUGAAGUUGAGAUGCAUUUUUAUUCAA